CUCUUUGCUACUUAUUUAACCAGUUUUCCUCUUCUCCCCAACUCAAAUCAGCUGUUUGUGUUCUUUCUUCCAAAUUUAACGGCUAUUUCUUGGAGGACUCAUCUGAUUCCUGCACCUGAAAGAGAUCACAAUUGCAAGAUUUGAUAAGAUGGAGACAGGGAUUAUAAGCAACCAACAAGAGCUAAACAGUGACAAGAUGAGCAACUCCAUGAAGAAGGCCCUUCUUGUUCUGAACUGCGUAAUGCUAGGCAUAGGCAAUUGCGGUGGCCCGAUGGUUCAACGUCUUUACUUUGUAAAAGGCGGGAGUCGAAUUUGGAUAUCGAGCUGGUUGCUAACAGCGGGCUGGCCAAUUUUAUUCAUCCCAUUAAUCUGUUCUCUUUUGUACAAAAGAAGAAAUGGAAGCCAAGAAACCAAGUUGUUCUCAUUGAAGCCACCUGUCUUCUUUUCUUGUGUUACUCUUGGAGUUUUGACUGGUUUAGACGAUUAUCUUGCUGCUUAUGGUGUUUCUCGUUUACCCGUUUCUACAUCUGCUUUGAUAAUGUCUACCCAGUUAGUGUUUACUGCUGGAUUCGCGUUUCUGUUGGUGAAACAAAAGUUUUCUCCUUUCACAAUCAAUGCUGUGUUUUUGAUAUCUAUUGGUGCUAUGGUUCUCGCACUUCAUUCCAGCACUGAUCGGCCUGAUCAUGAAUCGAGCAUCAAGUAUUACGAAGGGUUUUUCAUGACAUUAGGAGCAGCGGUGUUGUACGGGUUCAUUCUACCAUCAAUAGAGUUGACUUUCAAGAGAGCUAAACAGCCCAUUACUUACUCUUUGGCAAUGGAGAUGCAAAUUGUUAUAUCGUUCUUUGCUACCGCCUUUUGUACUAUUGGAAUGCUGAUCAACGGCGACUUUGAGGCAAUUCCUCAAGAAGCAAGGAACUUUGAGCUCGGGGAAGUGACAUAUUACGUGAUUCUAUCGAUCAAUUCCCUUUUGUGGCAAUUCUUCUUUCUUGGAGCAAUCGGGGUCAUAUUUUGUGCCUCGUCUUUAUUGUCUGGAAUAAUAAUUGCUACGCUGCUUCCUGUGACUGAAUCGUUAGCCGUUUUGAUUUUCCAUGAUCGGUUUCAAGUUGAAAAAGGAAUUUCGCUUGCGUUAUCUCUUUGGGGAUUCAUCUCCUACUUCUAUGGAGAGCUUAUACAUGUCAAAAAGAUGAAGGCUGGCCUCGAAGUUGGUUCAACACCAUGAAACUAGCCAACUGCAUGAACUUUUAUUACUUAUAUGUAAAAUGUAUAGCUUCUGACUAUGCCUUCUAUUUUGACUCACCGUUCACCCGA